AUGCCCAAGAGAAAGGUCGCCGCCCUCGAAAAGGUCGAUGCUGACCUGGUCAGUUUACAGUACAAGAUCAGGAGGGAUCCCAAGUCCUACGCCCAAGAGUUCUACGACCAGUGGCUCGCAUACGACGCCCAACGCCAAAUCUUCAUCUCCUCUCCCUCGUCUGCUUCCAGCGAAGACAACAAGAAAUUCCACGACCUCGUUGACCUCAUCGCCCACUGCGCCGAUCUCUACCCCGAUGUCACCGCCCCCUACUACGACCAGCUCAAGGAACUCUUGACCCAACAUCAUGCCGUCCUCAACCCCGAUCUGCGCGAAAAGGUCGUUGGCAGCUUGUCUCUCCUCCGUCGCAAGGAUGUCAUUGACUCGACCAGCCUGCUCACCACCCUGUUCCCCAUCCUGAUCUCGACUCCUUCCAAGUCCCUCCGCUCCCUCCUCUACACCAAGAUCAUCAGCGACCUGCGCGAGUCCAACUCCAAGGCCACCAACCACAAGCUCAACCGCACUAUCCAGACUGUCCUGCACAACCUGGUUACCUCGGACCGUACUUCGACCAAGGGCAUGUGGGCCUGCCGCAUCACCCGCGAGCUGUGGCGCCGCCAGAUCUGGACCGAUGCCCGCCCCUGCGACGUCAUGAAGGAGGCCUGUUUGUCCGACAACGAGAAGGUUGUCGUUGGUGGUGUUCGCUUCUUCUUGGGCGGCGACAAGGAGCGCGAGGAGAUGGAAGACGACUCUAGUGACGAGGAGAUUGACGUUAAGAAGGUCAAGCAUCAGGGCACUAUCAACAAGAAGACCAAGAAGCGCCAAAGGGUCAUGGAGAAGGCCAUGGAGAAGAUCAAGAAGCAGGAGCGCAAGAAGCAUGCCCCUCACCCGCUGAACUUCUCGGCUCUUCACCUUAUUCACGAUCCCCAAGGGUUCGCCGAGCAGCUUUUCCAGAAACAUCUGCAAAAUACCAAGUGCAAGUUCUCCCUGGAUAACAAGCUCCUUGUCCUCCAGCUCGUCACCCGUCUGGUUGGUCUGCACAAGCUCACCAUCAUUUCCUUGUACCCUUGGUUCACCAAGUACCUCACGCCCAAGCAACCGUCCGUCACGUCAUUCCUCGCCUCUUUGGCGCAGGCGACACACAACCACGUUCCUCCCGACGCCAUUGAGCCUCUCGUCAUCAAGAUCGCCAACGAGUUUGUCUCUGAGGCUUCCGCCGCUGAAGUCGCUUCCGCCGGUAUCAACUCUAUCCGCGAAGUCGCUCUGCGUCAACCGCUCUGCAUGAGCGAGACCCUCCUCCAGGAUCUAGUCAUGUACCAGAAGUCCAAGGACAAGGGUGUGGUGAUGGCCGCCAAGGGAGGCGACAUGGGAUUGAAGUCGGGCGAGGUCAAGAGGCUCAAGUUCGGUGAAGAGCAAGUGGAGAGUGGUAUUGAGGGUAUCGAGCUUCUCGAGAAGUACAAGGAGGAGCAAAGACUCAAGAAGCUCGCCGAGAAGGGUGAGGAUGCCGAUGGGGACGCCAAGAUGGAGGAUGAGGAUGAAGACGGUUUCAACUCCGACGAGUGGGAAGUCGCCUCCAACGAUUCCGAUUCUUCGACCGGAUGGAUCAAUGUCGAGCACUCGGACGACGAGGACGAAGGCCCUCCCGCAGCCAAGAAGCAGCGUCGCGACAGCUCUGCUGCUCCCGACCUGAUUUCCGAUGAAGCCAUGGCCGCCGCCGCCGAAGCCAACCGCAUCUCCAAGCUCGCCAUGACUACUAUCCUCACACCAGCCGAUCUUGCCAAGUUGGCAGAACUCCGCCGCGAGGCACAAUUAGACAAGAUGACAGGCAACGUCUCCAAGAGGAGACAGGAACUCAUCAACAAGCACAUCGAAGACGGUGUUACCGCCGACGACAUCGAGUUGCCUGCCCAGAUAGGCAAGAAGAGCACCAAGGAGGAGCGUGUGGCCAUGGCCAAGGACGGCAAGCCCGGGCGCGAGGAGCACAAGUCUACGCAGGCCAUCAGGAAAUCCAAGAAGGAGGCCGAGGGCAAGUCGUCGACGAAUAAGGAGAAGGCGAGAAAGAAGAACUUCUUGAUGACGGUCGGUAAGGCCAAGGCGAAGCACAAGAGGUCGUUGGUCGAUACCAAGAAGAGGUUGACGGCGCAUAUUGCCAGGAGUAAGAGUGGAGGAAGGAGAAGGAACGGUAUGAACUGA